AUGAAUAGUCGUCCUAAUUUAGGUUUUACUUAUAAUGAUAAUCACAAUUAUUUCGAUACCAAUGAGCUGAUAGAUGAAAUAAUGGAACUCGGUUCUCGUCUGAAUUUACCACAUUCUCUUAGAUUCACUCGAGAUCCUUUAGUUCAGACUCUGGCUACUAAUGCUUGGGGGUUAAGAUCAUCCAGCCGAUCUACUUUUGCAAAAGAUCCGAUUCCUCCGGAUUCUUCAAGUUUUAAUAACAAAGCCGCCAUGGAAAGUCAAAUUGAACUAAUGGAGGAAUUUCGCCAACAGGCUAAAAGAAAAAUGAAACGCAUUUCCGUGAAAGAGCGUAAUCGAAUAAUCGACAAUGUUCGUAGAUUCUCUCUCGAUGAGUUGCUACGACAACAUAUACGUGGUGAGUGUGAUCCCGAUACGGACUCAACUGCUGAAAUGGAGGAUGUUCAGAAGUCCCAAACGGAAGAUGAGCGAGGAACAAAGAGCAGCACCUCCAAGGAUGGGCUAGACUAUGAAGAAGAAGAGGAUGACGAUUUGAUGCGUCUAGUUCGUCGACAGAGGGAAGUCUACAGCGCCCGAGUAGCAGCGGGCCGUCCUAGUAUUCGACGAACAGCCGCUGCCGCCUCCGUUGUCACCACUACGACCACGAUCAAGACGCCAAUAGCGACUUCAUCAUUGACGCCAACUGAGCGUCAAUAUCGCAAACUAAUACGAAAACAUAUUGGCAAGGCUGCGAGGUUGAGAGCCACCAUCCGGCGGGAUAAAAUUAAUAUGGCUAGGAAAGUGGCAAUUAAUGUCAGUAAGGUAUUUGCGAAAAAGAAUUUACCGAAAAACGCCAAGGAUGUUGGAUAUCGCGUGAAUAGAUUACUUCGUGAUUUCGCAUUAUUUUGGUCAACUCGAAACGAUGGGAUUGCUAGUCACGUUCAAUUGACCGGUGGCCGUGACACCAACUCGAAGGGUGGAACAGGCGGUGCCGGAGGUGCCUCUACAGAGCCAGUUGAAUCUGCUGCAGCCUCUAGGCGUCGCGCUGAACGAGCUUUGGCUGAGCAACGUCGGGCCGACUUAGAGUUACUCGAAGCCCGUCGCCAACAACGCAAACUUAACUUUCUUCUCACUCAAACUGAGCUCUAUGCUCACUUUAUGGCAAAGACUAUGAACAAAGCAGGUGGGGAUGCGGAUACUGUGAAACAGGUUGACACUGGAGUGGAAUCCAUCCUCGAACGCCUUCAAGACGCUCCAAAGGUAACUACGAUAGCUACUGAUGAAGAGUCUGGUAAUCCCGAGCCAACUUUAGCCGAAGCUGCUAAAGCAGCUGCUGGCAGGCUUGGUGUCAAUAUGGAAGAUGAAUUCGAUACUGAGGCGCUAAAAGCUAGAGCCCUAUCUCGAGUUCAGAAGGCAAUCGAAAGGGAAAGUCAAGCUAAAUCAGAGUUUGGUGCAGGAGUCGAAAAACCCAUGGAAAUACCCGAAUUGGAUGUCUCGAAACCAUCAUCGUUAUUCAACGGCGAGCUGAAAAGUUAUCAGCUCAAAGGAUUGGCUUGGUUGGUCACUCUUUUUGACCAGGGUAUUAAUGGCAUCUUGGCAGACGAAAUGGGUCUAGGAAAAACAAUUCAGACUAUCGCAUUUUUGGGAUCGCUGGCUGAGCGCUAUAACCUCUGGGGUCCGUUCCUAAUUGUAACUCCAGCCUCAACUCUCCACAAUUGGACUCAAGAAUUCGCCAAAUUCAUGCCCGACUUUCGAAUAGUACCCUACUGGGGCGGUCCAGCUGAGCGCAAAAUACUUCGUCGUUUCUGGUCCCCCACUGCAGCUGGUAGCUAUGGUAACGGUGGCCUUCUGGGCACUCGUGACGCCGCUUUCCACGUUGUUGUCACUAGCUAUCAGUUUGUCCUGCAGGACUCCAAAUUCAUCAACAAAACCGCCUGGACUUAUAUUGUUUUAGAUGAAGCACAUGCUAUCAAGAGUACUUCAAGUCUUCGAUGGAAGAAUCUUCUUUCAUUCAAAUGCCGAAAUAGACUUCUUCUCACAGGAACUCCCAUUCAGAAUAGAAUGUGUGAACUUUGGGCUCUUCUGCAUUUUAUUAUGCCUGCUUUAUUUGACUCACAUGAUGAGUUUGCUGACUGGUUCUCGAAGGAUAUCGAAUCACAAGCUGCAGCGGAUUCUUCUGGCGGUGUUUCUGGAGCAGUGACUGAAUUAGAUGAGAAUCAACUCUCGAGACUUCGGUUAAUCCUCAAACCAUUUAUGUUGAGGCGAGUAAAAACUGAAGUGGAACAUGAAAUUACUGAAAAAACCGAAGUUCUUAUCUACUGUCCUUUGACACGACGCCAGACUGUGCUCUACGAUCGCUUAAAGAGUAAAAUCCGUAUCGAAGAUCUAAAUGCAGACGACAACUUUAGUACCUUUAACAUCAAUAAUGGCGGCCAACCUGAGUCGAACCGUCUAAUGAACUUGGUGAUGCAGUUGCGUAAAGUCUGCAAUCAUCCUGAACUCUUUGAUCGACGAGAUGUCCGGUUCUCUUGCACCUCUGUUCGACCGUUUGAGUCCUCCGGAGGCAAUUCGUUCUGGUGGAUCCCCAAACUCCUUUUUGAUGAGGGUCUCGUAUGUGGACAGACUUGGAGAUGUCUUCCAAGCUCCUAUGAUCUUGGAGCUUGUGUUGAUGAGAAGGCUGUUGUGAUUUACAAGUACUUUCUUCUGAAUAAAUCUCCACUUAAGAAGGGCUUGAUUGAAGCCUACCAGCCUCCCGAUCUUCCUAGUCGAGUAUUCGAAAUCACGGAGGAUGGAAAAGGAUUUGAGAUUGAAGGAGAAUGCCGAAUAUUGCCGUUGAAACAAUCGGCUGGCCAGGAAAGAAAAAUGGAAACUUCUGUCAGAUAUCCAGAAUCUGUAUAUUCUGUCUCUAUGUUACCGGCCUAUGUUCGUCCCCUACGGCUCUUUUGUACUCAACCGCAUAUCCUCCACGAAUCAGCCUCCAUGAACCCGAAACUCCUUUCUGUCCCCCUCCCCCCAUCCUGGAGUCAUGUUUCACCCGGUUAUCUAAUCGCCGACUCCGGCAAAUUGAAGGAACUUGAUCGGUUAUUGGCCAAACUUAAACCUGAAGGUCACCGGGUGCUUAUCUACUCGCAAAUGACGAAAAUGAUUGACCUCCUAGAAGAACUGAUGGUGUAUAGGAGUUAUGCCUAUCUGAGAUUGGAUGGUUCAUCUCGUCUUUGCGAUCGCCGUGAUAUGGUUGCACAGUGGCAAACUGACCCCCGUUGGUUUGUUUUCCUUCUCUCUACUCGUGCGGGUGGUUUGGGUAUCAAUCUCACCGCUGCCGAUACUGUCAUUUUCUACGAUUCCGAUUGGAACCCCACGGUGGAUCAACAAGCUAUGGAUAGAGCACAUCGACUUGGACAAUCUAAACCGAUUACAGUUUAUCGAUUGAUCUCAAAGAACACAGUGGAAGGCAGGAUGUUGCAGCGAGCGGAGGAGAAGAGAGCAAUGCAACGAAUGGUUAUUGCUGGAGACAAUCCAAAUAAAAACGCGCCCGCAGACGGUACAGAUUCCUUUAUUCGUCCGGCUGGAGAUGGUAACAAGAUGACUCAGUCGGAAAUGGUUUCUCUAUUAUUGGAUGACGAGGAAUUAGCCAAAAGGUUGGCUCAAAGGCGUCGCAAUCAGCAAAGCCGUGGCCGUCCAACGAUUAACAAGAAAAUCGAUCCCAAAUCAGUUUUCGCUACACCUACUGCUCGAAAAAGAGGUUCCGCAGUAAACGAUAGGCCCAAAGGGAGCCGCCCCAAGAAACCAAGAGUUGCCGAAUGA